GGGCAGCAGCGGCAGCAGCGUAGUUGAAAUCCGCCUGCCGCGGCGCGCACUCGCCUCGCAUUUUGUGUCACGGUGCCACCGGGAGAGGGGCGACGGUCUGCGGCGCGUCACGGCGGACACCGGUCAGCAUCCAAGCGACAUCCCGCUGCGGGCGAUGACAUUGGCGGACUGAGGUGGAAAUACACGAGAAAACGCAAAAAUGACGGUGGACUUUGAAGAAUGUAUAAAAGAUUCGCCCCGAUUCAGGGCCGGCAUCGACGACGUGGAGACGGACGUGGUGGAGAUCGAAGCCAAGCUGGACAAGCUGGUGAAGCUGUGCAGUGGGAUGAUCGAGGCCGGCAGGGUCUACGUCAGCGCCAACAAGCUGUUCGUGAACGGCAUCAAGGACCUGUCCCAGCAGUGCAAGAAGGAGGAGAUGAUAUCAGAAUGCCUUGAAAAGUGUGGGGAAAGCCUGCAGGAGAUGGUCAACUACCACACGAUUCUGUUUGACCAGGCCCAGCGAUCCAUCAAGCAGCAGCUUCACACCUUCAUCAAGGAAGAUGUGCGUAAAUUCAAGGACACGAAGAAGCAGUUUGAUCGGGUGCGUGAGGACAUGGAGCUGGCUCAGGUGAAAAACGCCCAAGCCCCCAGGAAUAAAGUCCACGAGGCGGAGGAGGCGACACAGGCUCUGAUCCUCAGCCGCAAGGCCUUCAGACACCUGGCGCUGGACUACGUGCUACAGAUUAACGUCCUCCAGGCCAAGAAGAAGUUUGAAAUCCUGGAUGCGAUGCUGUCCUUCAUGCGAGCCCAGUACACCCUGUUCCAGCAAGGCUUCCACAUCCUGGACGAGAUCGACCCCUACAUGAAAAAACUUGCUGCACAGCUGGAUCAGCUGGUCAUUGACUCAGCCGUGGAGAAGAGGGAGAUGGAGCACAAACAUGCCCUCAUCCAACAGAGAACUUUAAUGCAGGACUUUUCCUACGAUGACCCCAAGCUAGAGUUCAACGUCGAUGCCCCCAAUGGUGUGGUCAUGGAGGGCUACCUCUUCAAGAGGGCCAGCAACGCCUUUAAGACCUGGAACAGACGGUGGUUUUCUAUACAGAACAGCCAGCUGGUCUACCAAAAGAAAUUCAAGGACUCAUUGACGGUGGUGGUGGAGGACCUGAGGCUGUGCUCAGUCAAACCCUGUGAAGACAAUGAGAGGAGGUUCUGCUUUGAAGUGGUGUCUCCCACUAAGAGCUGUAUGAUGCAGGCAGAGUCUGAGAAGCUGCGCCAGGCUUGGAUCCAGGCGGUCCAGGCCAGCAUCGCCUCCGCUUACAAAGACAUCACCGACAAUUAUUACAUCGAGCGCUUGGACCGGACGGCCUCCCCCUCGACGAGCAGCAUCGACUCCGCCAGCGAGCCCAGGGAGAGGGGGGUGGACCGGGGGGCUCGGGUCGGGGGCGAAAGCCUUCUUCAGAGAGUGCAGAGCCUGCCGGGCAACGAGCUGUGCUGCGACUGCGGACAGUCGGCUCCCUGCUGGGCGUCCAUCAACCUGGGGGUGCUGCUCUGCAUCGAGUGCUCGGGCAUCCACAGGAGUUUAGGCGUCCACUGCUCUAAAGUGCGCUCGCUGACGUUAGACUCAUGGGAGCCAGAGCUACUCAAGUUGAUGUGCGAACUGGGAAACACUGUGAUCAACCAGAUUUAUGAAGGAGGCUGUGAGGAAAUGGGGGUGAAAAAGCCUGGACCCACCAGUUCAAGGCAGGAGAAAGAAGCCUGGAUUAAGUCCAAAUACGUAGAGAAACGAUUCCUGAAAAAGAUGAGUGGAAGCGAUGCGUUGGUGGAGGGUGAGAGGAAGUCCCGGCCGUGGACCGUGAAGAAGUGCCAGCGACACAACAGCUCCGCCCUGGCUCCCAACAGAGCCCGCAGGAAGUACCACCGUUACGAGCCCGGCAGCGCUUCACCCGCAAACCUUUCAGCUGCAGCAGCGGCAGCAAAGUUUCGCCGGGACUCGCUGUUCUGUCCAGAUGAGUUGGACUCCUUGUUCUCAUACUUUGACACUGGCUCCGGUCCUCGCAGUCUGAGCAGCGACAGCGGCUUGGGAGGAAGCACCGACGGCAGCACCGACAUCCUGGUGUUUGGCUCAGUCGUGGACAGUGUCACAGAAGAAGAGGAAGAAUCGGAGGAGUCGUCCAGCGGUGAGGUGGAGAUCGAACAGGAAGUACCGUCGGAUCCCGAGGACCCGAGGGAGCUGCACCCCGGGGCGCUUCUCCACCGAUCUUCCCGUCUGCACAACCUGCCGCUCAUGGCGGAGGCUUUGGCACACGGGGCUGACGUCCAUGCUGCAAGUGAGGAGGAGGAGGGGAGGACGCCACUCAUACAGGCUGUGACUGGGGGCUCUCUGAUAGCUUGUGAGUUCCUGCUACAGAAUGGAGCAGAUGUGAACCAGAGGGACAUGAGAGGCAGAGGUCCACUGCAUCACGCAACCUAUCUGGGCCACACUGGACAGGUGUGUCUGUUCCUGAAGAGAGGAGCCUCACAGACGGAGGUGGACGAGCAGGGCCACGACCCCCUCAGCAUCGCCGUCCAGGCGGCCAACGCCGACAUCGUCACCCUGCUGCGUCUGGCACGGAUGAACGAGGAGAUGCGAGAGGCCGAGGCUCCGCUGGGUCAACCAGGUCAAUAUCCCAGCAGCAGCCCCACAGAGCAGCAGUAUAGGAAGUGCAUCCAGGAAUUCAUCUGCCUCACCAUAGAGGAAUGCUAGUGGUCACCUUUGUACCCAGGAGCUUGUACUGAAAAAAAGGAGGAGAUAUAAACACUGAGGACCUAGAAUAACGCGUAGAUGAAGUUGCCCCUAGACGCUGAUCUUAAAGUGUGUUUCUUCUAUAGAUCUAGGCUUACAGGCAACUUCCUGGGGACGUGUGGGUUACAACUUGCUCACAGCUGGGGGCGCUGUGUUGUAGGGAGACCCCUGAUGGACGAUUUUAACUCUACUAAUGAUGCCGUCAACGCCACCAUCUCUCUGCACCACCACUGUGUUUCUGCUUGUUCUUACUCUGCACCACUGACGAUACGCUGGCUGCAACACACGCUCACAGUAAAUUGACAUCUGCUUUUUGGUGCUUUGCUAACAGGGUAAUCCUCUAACUUGUAAUGUAGUAUAAUGGUUUACUGUCACAGCUCAUACCUCUGAGCGGUCCUACUGCAUUAACCCCGCUACACUUCUUAUCAUACACCAGCUGUGUGACAUCAAACAUACCCAUCUCUUAUUAAUUGGAGAUGUAAAUAUAAGUAUUUAGAAGUUAUGUGGAUACUCUUUGAAAUAUGUCCUGUGGCAUGAGGUGAAAAAGGUAUUUGUCCAGCCAUCCAUUAUUUGUACUGCUUUUUAUUAGAGCCUGCAGGAUACACGGUGGACAGACACGGCAGCCCUUAUGCUCACAUUCACAGCUACAGGCCAUUUCCAGUCAGCAGUUGUGUGUUUUGGGAGAUAACCGGAGUACGUGCAAGGACCUGAUGUGAUCGUGCAGACGCCACACAGACGACACAGCUGACCAGCAGGUUCAGAUCAAGAACCUUCAUGCUGUGAAGUUCGAACCACUGCUCCACAGUUCUCCAUUAUAAAAACAUUUAAGGCUAAGUCACAAGCAACAGUAGAAGUGGGGAGGGGAGUUUACUGUGUACAAAGGGGCAGGACGGGAAAACAAAUGCAAAACUGUGACUAAAAUACUGAAGGGCUUGUGGGGAAGAGACCCUCGCCUGCUUUGUAUGAUACUUUUUGACGUGAGUGAAUGAAUGAGUGCAUGUGUCGAGAAAUACUGAGAGACAGAGUUGAAUAAUAUGAUAUUAUCAUUCAUUAUGUAAAGGAAAAAAAAGAAACUGCACUUUUCCCAAACAGUAUUAGUAACAGUAAUUUUAUUUUCGUUUAGGACGUUUGCCUUUUUUUUCUAGUCGUCUGUCUGUUGUCUGUUUUAUUUCUGCCUUUUUAUUUAUGACUUUCUCUCUAGAGGACCAGUGCAAUGCAGUCUUGGAUGCAGAUGCUUGUCUGCAUCGCUACAAAUGAUUGUGAUUUUAAUCUGAAAACAUUACGUGGAAAAAGGAAGUCUUUAGAUUACAUCAUGUAGUGUGACAAAAAAAGAGAGCUUUUAUUCACCCUUUGGAAUGGCCUUACAUUGCUAUGAGAAUAAUUAUUGGCAUUCAGAUACACAGCUGAAAGAGAUUUGCUGGUUGCUAAUGAGGAUGAAAGCUUAAGCAGAUGACUGAUGGGGAUGUAUCACAGCUAUGUUUUGUUGGUUUUUGUCACCCACAUUGUAGUCUGGUGAGAUUAUGGACCACUUUUAUUAUUUAUGCACCUGUGGGUCACAAGACAAAGUCGUGACAGUAGUUACUGGUACAAACACACCCUGUCCUCGGCUUCUAUGCUACAAUGCAUUCCUUUGGAAUAAAACCGCACACCCAGCUCAUUCUGUAUUGCUGUAACCCUUACUGAAUUUAAAGCCCAAACUCUGGUUUGGCACUUUGAUGCAGUAUUUCUUUCUUCUUUUUUUUAAAUUCAUUGAAUGUGCUGAAGCACAGUUUAAACCCCAAGGAAGCUGUCUGAACCCCUGCAGUCUGGGGCGCAUGUGUCUGGCUUCCCUCACUGGUGGGCGCUGACGGUGCUGCAUGCCUUGAGUUAUUUUUGGGCUGUUGUAAGCAUGAUAAAAUAUUUUUCUAUGUUUUGAUCAUGUUGUGCAGUGCAGUGCUGUGGAAUAAGCAUGCACCCCCAUGACCCCUCUGGUGUCUGAAGCUUCUUCCUUUUUGGCCCUCUAUGACAUUCUUCCAUCCACGGACCAAAUCCGUGGUAACUUCCUCGUUGUUUCCUACGUUUGUUUCCACACACACUCUCAAACUGUAAUUUAAUUUGUUUUUUUGUGUGUGUUGUCAUUUUAUUUUCCUCUGCCAAAGACUUUUUAAAGGGAAAGUGUCUGCCGUUGUAUGAUAUCACCUUUUUUUUAAACUUUGGAGUAGAUGAAGCCUAGUCUUACCAUGCUUUGUAAAGUGACCGAGUGGUAGAAACACUGUUCGUGUGCUCACAUGUUCAAAACAGGUCACAGGAAUGUGACCGACCUGAAAGGUUUUUAUAUGGCAGGUUAUAAUCUGCAAUAGCUCAAUGUAGUAGAACCAGUCUUGGGGGUUAUGUGAAGCUACUGUGACCAAACUAUGGAGGGUGCACGGCCCCGGAGGAACCAUUAAAUGUUGUGUCCUUUGUGCAUAUAGACAGGUUGUGUGUGGUUAAAGAUGCUGUUCGAAGCAAACGUGCUGUAAAUAGAACACGUGUUUAUUUUGACUAAAUGCCAACUUCCUGCCUGUCAGCAUUCAAUCACAGAUCCUAAUUGUCUGGUCUGUUUCAUGUCUGUCUUUUUAUUCUCCUACAAAACACACGCUGUCAGGCAGAGCCACAACAAGGAUCUGCUCUACUUGGAAGCAUUUGUCUGUUCGGUGACAUUUGGAUAUCUUUGGAAUACUUUCUUCCUUGUCUUUACAGCACUGAGGGGAAAAAAAUCAAAAAGUGUACAAUAAAAGCCAGAAACUCUUGAUGAUGAACUAA